AUGUCAUCGAACUUCAGUCCGGUAUCAACCCUAGGUUUGCCAACGAAACAUGUGGGUGCGGUUAGUGGUGCUGAUGUGGGUGCGUCAGUUCUUCCACAGUUUCGUUGUAGUCCAAGUAGCCAAACUCGAUCGCAAUCGUCAAGUACUACUACACAGUUGCUUAGUCCAAAUAGCCAAAUCAGGUCGCAAUUGCAACAAGUUACACAAUCUGCACAACGUCCGACAAGUUCUGACGCAUGCUCUACAAUCACACAGUAUCUGAUGAUGUAUCAUACGGGACGAGAUGAGGAGUUCAGUCGCAAAGCCAUUGAAAGUCUGAUUAAGAAAUUGAAGGAUAAGCAUGAUGAAUUAGAUGCACUGAUCACCACUAUAACAUCACAUGGGAAGAUUUCUCCGAAAUGUAUCACGAUUCAGCGUACUUUGGAUGGACGACUACAGGUAGCUGGAAGAAAAGGUUUUCCGCACGUCGUUUAUGCACGUAUUUGGAGAUGGCCUGAUUUACAUAAAAAUGAACUGAAACACUUACCAAUUUGUCAAUGUGCAUUUGACCUGAAAUGUGACCUUGUUUGCGUUAAUCCAUACCAUUACGAACGUGUUGUUCCGCCAGGUAUCGGCACUAUUGAUUUGUCAAAUUUAAAAAUUGAACAUCGUUGUGCAUCGCAAGACGAUUCAAACACGUUGUCUCCAGGAAGUACAGGAACUAGCGAUGAUCUGUCAAAGAACUCAGCGCUUAAUGAGAAUGACGGCUGGACUACAAAGACACUUGCAUAUGCGUCAACACUGCGUACUUCUAAUGUUGUCAAAACAGAGACAAGGAAAUUGUCUGCUAGUGAUCAGGAUCUAUUUAACGGCUCCAAUGUGUGUAUGUUACCAAAUCAGUCUACUUGGAAUAACGGUGAGCAAAAAGCAGUUGUUGCAGCAGUCACAAUCCCAUCAGAGAUUCCAGCAGUGAUAAAUCCAAUUCCAUUUUCAUCUAGCUCCAUGCAUUCACAAAACAAUUUUCCUACUAUGGCGUUAAAUCCAUCCUUACAAGUAUCUUCCUCAUCAGCAUUCACUUACUCGCAGGAAAUUCAGCAUCACGUAGAAUCUAGAGUUCGUGACAAAACGGAACCUAUGUCGCUCAGUCCACAACCGGCAAAUUGGUGCGUCAUUUCUUAUUAUGAGUUCAAUACAAAAGUUGGUGAAACAUUUUCUGUAAGUGCACCUGCGGUCUACAUUGAUGGAGGAGUUGAUCCAUCUGCUCCCGGUCGUUUUUGUUUAGGAUCUCUUUCCAAUGUUCAGCGUACCGAUGAAAGUGAACGGUGCAGGAAGCAUAUUGGUCGUGGGAUUCGAUUGGACGUGAAAGGAGAGGGUGACGUUUGGUUGACAUGCUUGUCGGAUCGACCAGUUUUUGUUCAAAGUUCAUAUCUGGAUCGUGAAGCCGGACGAGUUCCAGGCGAUGCUGUACACAAGAUUUAUUCUCAGGCAACACUGAAGGUUUUUGAUUUACGUCAAUGUUACCAUCAGCUGCGACAGCAAAAUAUGUACCAGUUGAUAGCGGCAGAAAUACUGAAUAACUCAUCCGACAGUUCAAGAAACCCAUUGUUUGGAAUGGACAGAAAAUCAGCGGAAUUUGCCGGCCGUUUAAAUCAGGCUGCAAAUGUUGGUGUCGACGAAUUACGCAACUUGUGUUCACUGGCGGUAUCUUUUGUGAAAGGAUGGGGACCAGAUUAUGAUCGUAAAUCAAUCAAAGAAACACCAUGUUGGAUUGAGGUCCAGAUAAAUAGAGCUCUUCAGCUGCUUGAUGAAGUCCUUCAUAAUCCAACUUUAAGUUCUUCAUCUCAAUUGUAA